UGUGUGUGUGUGUGUGUGUGUGUGUUGGCCUUUGUGAUUUAUGAGGACAUUUCGUAUGAAUACACGCCACAUUAUGAGGACAUUUUGAAUUAUGAGGACAUGGCCGGUGUCCUCAUAAUUCGGGCAAUGUAGAAGUGCUCCAGUAGCUAGGGGGAGCUGAAAUCCAAAAUUUCUCCACAUGUCUUUAUAAUUCACAUAAACCUGAAUUUGUGUAUGACGUGUGUAUCGGAAGUGCGCCUCUGUAGCCGGGACUUGGUACUGCGCCUCCUCAUUAAUUAUUAAUACGUGUGUAUGAAAUCGCGGCUUCUGAUUGGCUGACCGCCGGAAGUCCUCAUAAUGUCGGAAUUUGUCAAACUCAAGCCAUGUUAACACAGUUCUACAACAAAGACGGUAACGGAAAAUAUAUAAUUUUAAGUAUAAAAUAAUAGCCACGUAUUACAUUUACUAAAUUAUAUAUAAAAAGCACUGCAAACUGAACCCUCUAAUCCCACCUGACCGAAGCCUUUUCUCUGUGGAUGUCUGACGACGACGUCAUCUCUCAUCGCCCCUAAGAUAACUUCAGAGACUGAAGAACCUGCCUCACUCGUCUGUGGAGAUGGGAGUAAAACAUCACUGAUGAUAACUUCAGAGAGUGAAGAACCUGCCUCACUCGUCUGUGGAGAUGGGAGUAAAACAUCACUGAUGAUAACUUCAGAGAGUGAAGAACCUGCCUCACUCGUCUGUGGAGAUGGGAGUAAAACAUCACUGAUGAUAACUUCAGAGAGUGAAGAACCUGCCUCACUCGUCUGUGGAGAUGGGAGUAAAACAUCACUGAUGAUAACUUCAGAGAGUGAAGAACCUGCCUCACUCGUCUGUGGAGAUGGGAGUAAAACAUCACUGAUGAUAACUUCAGAGAGUGAAGAACCUGCCUCACUCGUCUGUGGAGAUGGGAGUAAAACAUCACUGAUGAUAACUUCAGAGAAUGAAGAACCUGCCUCACUCGUCUGUGGAGAUGGGAGUAAAACAUCACUGAUGAUAACUUCAGAGAAUGAAGAACCUGCCUCACUCGUCUGUGGAGAUGGGAGUAAAACAUCACUGAUGAUAACUUCAGAGAAUGAAGAACCUGCCUCACUCGUCUGUGGAGAUGGGAGUAAAACAUCACUGAUGAUAACUUCAGAGAGUGAAGAACCUGCCUCACUCGUCUGUGGAGAUGGGAGUAAAACAUCACUGAUGAUAACUUCAGAGAAUGAAGAACCUGCCUCACUCGUCUGUGGAGAUGGGAGUAAAACAUCACUGAUGAUAACUUCAGAGAGUGAAGAACCUGCCUCACUCGUCUGUGGAGAUGGGAGUAAAACAUCACUGAUGAUAACUUCAGAGAAUGAAGAACCUGCCUCACUUGUCUGUGGAGAUGGGAGUAAAACAUCACUGAUGAUAACUUCAGAGAGUGAAGAACCUGCCUCACUCGUCUGUGGAGAUGGGAGUAAAACAUCACUGAUGAUAACUUCAGAGAGUGAAGAACCUGCCUCACUCGUCUGUGGAGAUGGGAGUAAAACAUCACUGAUGAUAACUUCAGAGAGUGAAGAACCUGCCUCACUCGUCUGUGGAGAUGGGAGUAAAACAUCACUGAUGAUAACUUCAGAGAGUGAAGAACCUGCCUCACUCGUCUGUGGAGAUGGGAGUAAAACAUCACUGAUGGUAAUUGUGAAGGUAACACUUUAGAAUACUGAUCCUUCAUUAAUGAAUAACUACACAGGAACAAAUG